CUUGUCCAUCUAUAAGAGUCCCUCAGGAGCAAGCUGGAGGCGUGACGCCUCAUGUUCAGUCCACUCCUCCUGUCCCGCCUGCGCUCACCUCGCUUUCACGUGCUCCUAGCGGCCAAGCAGGAAGCAUCUCUGCGUCUCUGCCAGGGACCAGCCUGCCAGGUUUAAAGCAGAAGCCCAGCAACGUCCCUGGAGUCGUGUGGAGACAUGAACGGGCCGGUGGAUGGCUUGUGCGACGACUCGGCGAACGAAGAGGGUGCCUUCAUGUUCACGUCGGAGUCUGUGGGAGAAGGCCACCCUGACAAGAUUUGUGACCAGAUCAGUGAUGCUGUGCUGGAUGCCCAUCUCAAGCAAGACCCCAACGCCAAGGUGGCCUGCGAGACUGUGUGUAAGACGGGCAUGGUGCUGCUGUGUGGGGAGAUCACCUCGGUGGCCAUGGUGGACUACCAGAAGGUGGUGAGAGACACCAUCAAGCACAUCGGCUAUGACGACUCGGCCAAAGGCUUCGACUUCAAGACCUGCAAUGUGCUGGUGGCCUUAGAACAGCAGUCCCCUGAUAUUGCCCAGUGCGUCCACUUAGACAGAAACGAAGAGGACGUCGGUGCAGGAGACCAGGGUCUGAUGUUCGGCUAUGCCACCGACGAGACGGAGGAGUGCAUGCCCCUCACCAUCAUCCUGGCACACAAGCUCAACGCCCAGAUGGCAGAGCUGAGACGCUCCGGGGUCCUGCCUUGGCUGAGGCCAGACUCGAAGACACAGGUGACCGUCCAGUACACACAGGAACGAGGCGCCGUCAUUCCCGUGCGCAUCCACACCAUCGUCAUCUCGGUGCAACACAACGAGGACAUCACACUAGAGGACAUGCGUCAAGCGCUGAAGGAGCAGGUGAUCCGGGCUGUCGUGCCAGCCAAGUACCUGGAUGAGGACACCAUCUAUCACCUGCAGCCCAGUGGGCGGUUCGUUAUCGGAGGCCCCCAGGGAGAUGCGGGGGUCACCGGCCGAAAGAUCAUCGUGGACACCUACGGUGGCUGGGGCGCUCACGGUGGCGGGGCCUUCUCUGGGAAGGACUACACCAAAGUGGACCGCUCGGCUGCCUAUGCCGCUCGCUGGGUGGCUAAGUCCCUGGUGAAAGCAGGGCUGUGUCGGAGAGUGCUCGUGCAGGUGUCCUAUGCCAUCGGGGUGGCAGAACCACUGUCUAUCUCCAUCUUCACGUACGGAACCUCUCGGAAGACAGAGCGAGAACUGCUGGAUGUGGUGAAUCAGAACUUCGACCUGCGGCCUGGCGUCAUUGUCAGGGAUUUGGACUUAAAGAAGGCCAUCUACCAGAAGACAGCUUGCUAUGGCCACUUUGGGAGAAGCGAGUUCCCAUGGGAAGUUCCGAAGAAGCUUGUGUUUUAGGGCUGAUGGGGUGACCUGGCCUUUGGGGAACUCACUGGAGGGAACUGAAUGGCACGUUCCCCCUCCCCUUCACCUCAACUCUCAGGUCCCCUGAGCCCCAGGCCAUUGGCUACCUCUCGCCGAUUCCCAGCCCACAGGGCGAAGUCAGGUCCCUUAUGGUGCCCUGUCCUGGACCACCAUGAAUGGCCAGAGGCAGGACUGUCUGGUGCUGGGCUCAGGACUCCUUGGGAAGAGAAUGACAACGUUCCCUGCUCAUCUUUCAGGCCAAGGUGGUAUAAUUUAUCUUUCCCUUCAUUUUCUGACCCAGCCUAGACCUCGUCAGCUCCCUCACACAGCCCUGCAUGUGCCAAGGGCGCAUCUCUCAUAGCUCCCGGGGGGACCCGAGGCUCUGAGUGCUUGCCUCGCCACCACCUCUGCAGCCAGUGCUCCCGAGCCAAGGCCUGGCUGCGACAAUAAGCACUGGCAUCUCUUCUGCACUCACGUUGUGCAAAGACCGAGCGCCACACCUGUCUCAUUUCCUCUUCUGUGCAACACCGUGAGAGGGCGCCUUCUGAACCGGGCCCAGUGCCAUGGAGUCCGCUCUACUUGAUAGCUGCCCUACAGGACAGAGGGGCACUUCCCCACAGGAUUCCUAGGGCUGUGCUCUUAGGGAAGCAGACGGCCGCAUGAGCAGCGGAUGGAUUCAAACCCCAGUCUCUUGGUGAGCGCUUCACCUCCGCACCCCCAGGGCCCCUAGACCCCCUUUUAUACCCACAGCUCCCACAUAAGAGCACGGUUACAGCAACCCUAAACCCUUUAAUCCAGAUCCACAGCCUCUCUUCAAUCUCUUUGCCUCUGCUCAGGCCCGCUUCGGGCACGAAGCAAUGGUGGACCAGCUCAGUGCACAAAACCCAGGUCACAGGCCUAGGGUCUGAUGUGUACCCCUCAGGGUGCGGGGAGCUGCGUCCUUGCUUGGCUUUCCUCCCAUGAAGUUGCCUUGCUGGUCUUCCGUCUGCCUUCUUCCCAGCUCCUGGGACCGUGGGCUCAGCUAGGGGCCCUGUAGGCACUGGACGCCUUUCCAGGCACGGGGUGCUGGUUCUGAUGUAAGUCUGAAGUAUGUCUGUGAAGCCGCCUACACGGAGUCCAGGCUCACCCUGGCCAUCCGGGUAAAGAACUCUUCAGGGCGGUGAAAAGAAGUGUCUCCUGCCCGUAUGUGACAGGACAUGCUUAGGGCUUCCCCCCCAGGAAGGGCUCUUCAUCUCCGAAAGGUCUCUAGUCCCUUCCAGCAGAGAAGGGAGUUGACCAUCUGUGAUGUGAAAAUCCAAACUUUUAUUACGACUCGCCACCCCCACCCCCACCAAAUGUUGUUAUACCCUUCUGCCCCCCACCCAAGAGAAAGAAACAACGUCGUCCUGGUCAACAUGCUUGUAAACAAAUGUUCGUAUGAAACGAAGGACUUGAUGUGUUAACAGUUCCUGCUAGAACAGUGAAUAAAAGCUCUCCAUAUGCCUCA